GUCGAACAAUCCUCACAGCUUGGGAAAGAGCUUCGCUGUUCCCGGAUGGUGGGCAGCUGCGCUGUAGCGGAUGCCAAGGGUCCGAUGGUGGCGAAUCUGGUGGCUUUGGCUUCCCAGAGGUGGCAGUGUAGAGACACCGCCACUUCCAGAGCACGUGAACUUGACGGAUUGGCGGGAAGUGGUGUGGGACGCGAGUUUUUGUUGGGAUCAGGACUGGACCUUCUUCCAGUGCUGCCGCAACGGCCGCGAUCUGGAUGUACUGCCCGGGAUUCUGCAAGGGCUCGCGAAAGUGCGUGGGCAUCCUGAUUGCUGGCAGCCUCCAGAGGAGGGCCCUGUGUAUCACGACAACUGCUGCGUUUUGAAUGCAAACCUGGACAAAGUCCCGCGCUUUGACCACAUGAUCUGGCAGAUUCGCAUGCCGGAAACGGAGCAAAUCUUGAAUGUGGUGCAAGGGCAAGUCUUAGAAACAUGGGAGAGCAGGGGGAUCAUCCCCCCGGAGGUGGUGCCGAAGGUGGGCUUGCAGGGCAACGGUGAAGGCUUGGUAUGGGAAGCGGGUGAAUCGGCCUUGGCGCUGGCCGUCACGGAGUUUGGAUGGCGAAGCGCCAGACGGAUACGGUUUUUGGAGGUGGCUAGUUCAGUGGGUGCGCCUUCCCUGGUGGCCUUGGCCAAAGGCUUCCACGUGUGGAGCAGCGACCUCCGCGAUGAGAGUGCGUGGCAGCGCUGGGCUGGUGCACGAGCCUCAUCCUUCACGGAGGCACAGCUCAAGCGCUUCCGCACGCCGCGCUUGGACCUGUUGGAUGAGAGGACUUGGCCCCACGGGCUCUUUUUCGACGUGAUUUUCUUGGGCAGCCCUUUCUUCAUGGUUGGACCCACAAGUGAACAACAAGCAGCCUUCUGUCGAAGCUUCCAACGGCUGCUGGCGCUUCACUUGGCACCACAAGGGCUUGGAAUGAUGUUUCUCAACCCGGUGAGACUCGAACCUACAGGAGGUAACAUCCGCCAGACCUAUGCUGAUGACUGCUUGAAGCGCAGUUCCUUCGCAGUGAUGGUGCACCAGCCGGUGGCGGAAGGCCGCUGGCAUUCCAAAUGGCUGCAGGAGGACACCUUGGAGGACUUUGAUGCCCCCCUGCACUUGCCCUUGGUCUUUACUCUCCGGCGAAGAAAUGCCAGCAUCUUCUGAAGCGGUUCUUUGCAUGCUCUCACAUGGGGCAAAAAUGUCCUGGAAGCGCUGAAACGCUCAGCACCAGCAGUUGCCCCAAAGUGAGGGCUUUGCUUUUACCAUGUUGUGUCAGUUGGAGGCAGAAUUGUUUGCAAACUCCCAAUGGAUCACAGCAAAGUUUCUGUGGUGCUCCGUCCAAAGCGCAGAAUCAAUGCCCCGUAAAAUGUGAUGCAAACGAAUUGGGUCAGGGAUGUGAGAUUGGGCUUCGAAAAGCCUGCAGAGAUCUCCAGUGUCAAAAGAUCCGCACACAAGCUGUGUAUUGCAA